AUGACUUCGUUACACCCAGGCUCAGGAUUGGGAAAUUCCAUACGCUUAGAGCAAUCGUUUCAUUCUCUUGUAUCCAAACUAUGUCAAUAUAAUCAUAAGGUUAAUGUGGUCUACAGUCACGAUCAACCAUUGAAUACUCCCGUAGUUGUUAAUUUACCUCAUCUUGGAGUCCGACUAUUAUUCUAUCAGGAUUAUCUUCAGCUUAUAGAAAUCCUCAAUUUCCAAUAUUUGAAGUUGUUCUUCAACAAUUACCCUUUGAAUGAAAUCAAAAUUGAUGAUGAAACUAUCACCACUUCAUCACAUUCAAUGGAUCAAACCAUCUUGAUGGAACAAGUUGGGCAUUUACCUAAUGAUUCUACUUUGACUGAUGAACUGGAUUUAGAUGUCACUAAUGUCACUGUGAUACCUCCAACAUUACAGCAAAUAUACAAUAAAAUCUUCGGACCCACAUGCCCAGGGAAACUUAUCAAAAAGGCCGAUGGUCUGCAAUACUACAUUUUACUGUAUCCUGGAAUCAGCUUUAAAUUUGCAAUUAAUUCCAGUGUUUCCUUUGAAGGUUGUAAAGUCGAUCUGUCCGAUAACUUGCUUCUAUAUUUGUUGAAUUGGGAUACUCCUACGGAUAUUAUUUGUUCUUCAUUAGCAAUCUUUAAAGGUGACUCAUAUGAAGAUUUUAUAAGUAAUUUAAAAUCAUUAGCACAAGAUCCACAUUCUUUAGGCUCCUCCUCCUUAUCGUAUAAGAGCAGCCCCCGAGAGAUCAAAAACGUCAAAUUAGAUUGUUCUAAUAGAAGCGCACAGCUUGAGUUUGGAAAUGGCGUUCAUUAUAAACUUGAACUUGAUAAAACCACACAACAAGAAAUAUUGAACAUUUGUGGACCACCAGAUGCUUAUAGGAAUAAAACUGAUUCCCAAUUUCUUAUACAUAAUUUAUCUGGAGGAUCCGAAGUUAGCAUUAAUUCAAACAAUGGUGGCUCUAAAUCCUCCUCUUCCAAUGGUCAAAAAUUAACAUCAAUGCACUAUAAAUUCUAUAACUACUACAAGUAUGGAUUUGAUUUACUAUUCAGUGUUGGUAUAUUACGCAAAGUUAUCAUUCAUAAUGGUAACCUCAUUGAAUCUUUAGAGUUCAAUAAGUGGAGUAAAUGUCCUUGGACAAUCACGAAUCCUCCAUUACCUAAUGCCUAUGUGAUUACCUCCCAAUGCUAUUUUCAAGAUAUUCCUCAGGAUGCCUUGAAAAUACUUGGAUGCACAGGUCCUGCAAUCAUAAAUCGGAGAACUGUGGAAGAUGAUAAUAACGGGUUGAGUAAAACCUGGGGUCAGUCGAAGCUCUAUGCAUGCGAGAACAUUAUACUUGAAGUUCUUGAUCUGAAUAGUUGUAUCCUGGUUAUUACUAUGUUUUAG